UCCAACCACAUGGACCCAAAUUCACCUUUCAUCUCUAUUCCACACUUUCCCAUUCAAACCAAUCAUCAUCAUCAUCAUCAUCAUCAUUCUUUGCUAUCUCUUCAACUUCACUGCUAGUAACUGGAGCUGUGUGAGCUCCAACAAUGUCCCUAGUGGCUGUUUUCCCACGUGUGUCUUUGUUAAGCCUUUGCAAAACCAAUAUCAAAUGUUGUAGUCCACAACCCACUAACCACUUUAGCUGCUUCUCUGUCUGUCCCAGGUUGUCUUCAAACCACAAUAUAAAUUCUCAUGUUCCUCUCCUCUUGAGAAACAGAAUUAGAUGCUUUAAACAGGAGGGUGAGGAAAAUGAUGAGGCUUUAAAAUCUAAGGAUAUACAAGAUAAACAAGAUAUAUUCAAUAAUGAGGUGCAAAUAAAUGGUAAAGAUGGAAAUAACAAGGUGGAGAUCUCGUUCCCAGCUAUGAUAGCAAUUGCAUUGGGCGUAGCUGUAAUAGCAACAUUAGCAUCCAUUGGCCAGCAGCCUAUCCUUGGAUCGCGAUUUGGUAUGCAGAUUCUAUCCGAAGGUUCUUCCCCUUCAGCAGUUGCUCCAGCCACUGCUGGUUUCACUGUCAAAGCUUUUGGAUUCAGAGCUACACUUCCAGAAUAUGCACCAGGAUGGGUCUACUUCUGGUUGCUUAUGGCUGCAGGUUGUGGACUUUUCAUUAGUGAGGAGGCUUUAAAUAUUUGGGUUGGCAUAUCAAUAGCAAGGCUGCUGUAUCUGGAUGGAACAUGGCAGUCCUUUGCGGAAUCUUUCUCGAGGAAUGCUUCAUACAUCGUAUCAACAGUUCUCUGGGUUUACUGGGGAGUGUGCAUUAGCGAUCUGAUACCCUUUUACUUAGGGAAGCUUUUCAGACGGUCUGGUAUAUCUGGUGAUGUUUCUUCAAGGUUAGGAAUUGGCAAAGAGAAGGCUUUGGAGAUCACAGGCGUGGUACAAAAAUAUGGCAACCUUGUAGGUUUUGUUGAACGAUUCUCUCUUGGAGUAAGAAACCCUACAGCUUUCCUAGCAGGCGCCUUGGGUAUUUCUGAAGAGUGUUUUUUUGCAGGAGUCUUGUGUGGGGGACUGUUCACACUUCCCAUUCAGCUUGGAAUAGGAUUCCUUUUGAGGGAACGCCCUAUAUUUGCUCUUGCAACUGUCGCAACUGUAGUGGGAAUUUGGACUAUUUUCCCAUAUGCUGUGGCUGCUUCAACUGCUUUAUUCUUUUAUCUCAGAGGCCGAUACUUCUCUUAGUCCUUUGAUUGCUUUGUAGGAAUAUAUAGAAAUAUUGGUUCCUGAUUUGUAUAUGCAGAUAAGUGACCUGUUAAAGUUAAUUCAACCAUUUAUUGAACUGCUUAUUUUACCAUAGGUUUUAGUGAGCUUGAACCGGUUUGUGUUAUAGGUGAUAAUCAGUCACACUAUGGCUGAUUAGCCAUAUUUACUAGGCUAGUGGCCAGUCUGAUUCUUUUGUAAAUGCAGAACAAUUGAGGAGUAAUUCCCCUCGUGGUAGUUGAGUGUAUUUUAAUAAAAAAAGAAAAAGAAAAAUGGCUUGUU